ACAAAAGUUGAGUACCAAACUGUCUAAACUGUUCUGGUUAACAUCAGUAUUAGAUAACUAAUGUGUUUGCUUACUAGCUAAUUAGGCUGCAUGAAAAUGGAUAAAGACGUUACUGAGGAGGAAAACCAUGUUGGCACCACAGGCUGGAGGGGUUUCAUGAAAAAAGCAUGGGCUUACUUGCUGCGGAAUACAUUUCAAGCAGCUGUUGUCCUGGGCAUUGCCCUGGGCUUGACUCUCAAGGCCUCUGCCGAGUUGGACACACUCCAACAUCUCCACAUCGGCUUUCCAGGAGAAAUACUCAUGCGGAUGCUUAAGGUGGUUGCCGUCCCUCGCGUUAUUGUGAAUAUGAUAUUAGGUGUUUCUGGUCUAGGCGUUCACUCUUCCAGGAAAAUCAUUCUACGUUCUACAGCAUACAUUUUGUGCACUACUCUGAUAGCUGUGAUUAUAGGGAUAACACUGGUAGUGUUGAUCAAGCCAGGAGUUGAAUAUGCUGUUAAAAAAGAAGAACAAGAAGAAGAAAAAGAUCAGGCCUUCUCCACUGCCGAUGCCCUGAUGGAUCUUAUAAGGAACAUGGUCCCACACAACCUGAUUCAGGCUUGCUUCCAACGGUUCAAGACUGAUAGGACGGAGAUUGAAGUUGAAGUCUAUGAUAACAAUAGUAGCAUGAUGACGAAUGCGACAGAAGUGCGAAAGGGGGGCCACUAUGUUAACGGAGUCAACACAUUGGGUCUGAUUGUCUGGUCUUUUGUUUUUGGCGUGAUCCUCAACAAGAUGGGAGAAAAGGGGAAAAUCCUUGUUGAGCUUGUCAAUGUCAUUAAUGAUGCAACAAGAUGUUUGGUCGACUUGAUUUUGGGCUACUUGCCAGUUGGAGUGAUGUUCAUGAUUGCAAGCAAUGUUUUGGAGAUUUACGACUGGGAAACUAUCUUCAAGCUGGGAGAGUUUGUUUUAACGGUUAUGAUUGGGCUUGUAAUCCAUGCAGCAGUAGUUUUACCACUGAUCUAUUUUGUCUUUACGAGAAGUAGCCCCUUGGCUGUUAUCAGGGGGGUUUUUCCUGCCUUAGUUGCUGCACUGGUCACCUCAUCCAGCUCUGCCAUAAGUCCAGUCACUUUCAGAUGUUGUAAGGAGCAACUGAAGAUCGACGAAAGAAUCCUUCACUUCAUGCUGCCCAUUGGGUCCAACCUCAACAUGAACGGAUCUGCCAUUUAUGAAGUGGUCGCAGCAGUUUUCAUUGCCCAACUCAACAAAAUUCACCUGGAUUUCGCCCACUUACUUACCGUUGCUGUGACGGCAGCAGUGGCCAGCACAGGAGCAGGGCUUCCAGCUACAGGAGCAGUGACCACUCUUUUUGUGUUGGUGGCGGUUGGUUUACCUGCAAAGGAAGCCUCCACUCUGGUGGUUGUAGAAUGGCUCCUAGACCCCUGCAACACUGCUGUCAAUGUCAUGGGAAACUGCUAUGGCGUAGCACUCAUUUACAGAGUGUCGACACAAGAACUGGAACACAUGACAAGGAGGGAUGCUGCAAAUCUUGAAAAUAUUCAGGUCAACGUCAGCAGCCAGGCCUCUGAUGAGGACAUUUUCCACAGCGAUGUGUCCCAGAGCGAGGACAUUGGUCUCCAGAUUCUGCGCACCCCACCAGAAUAUCUGUCAGACCAAGACAGCGAUGACCAGAAUGUGUAGUGUCAACUCAGAGUACAACAGGGACAAACACUCUCAUUUUUUCUAUGGGGAGUGUAAUCUGCUUUAAGGCAAACUGAAAAACACAAUUUCAGAUUUUCCGACAAGACUAACAUAAAAAUGCACUUAAAAUAAAUGACACUUUCACUUUGUACAGUGUAGUUAUUGAUUUGAUGAAAUUGAACUAACCUGGAUUUAUUUCAGUAUUUAAUGGUCAAUAAAUUAUGGGUCGACCGAUUUUUUUCUGGGCCAACGCCGAUACCGAUUAUUAGUUAUUAAUGAAACCAAUAACCGAUAUUUGGAACUGAUACAGUAUGCAUUUACAGUAAAAAUGAAAAUCUUUUAGUCAAAAUUAACAUUUUGGAACGGUACAAACUCCAACACAAAAUUUUGGUUAAAUGCUUCAAGCAAUUAUUUGGUAAAACUGAAACUUUAAACAUAAUACAUUAAAAAAAAAUAAUAAAUAAAAACUAAAAUAGCUUCCUGAAGUUUUAACAUGCUAUCAGUCUGUUUGCAGGUGUUGCAGACUGCUCACAGAGCUGUAGCGGAGCCAAAGUAGCACACUUUAUAGUUAAUUAACUUUACUGGUUAUCAGUCAAAUAAAACACUGAUACAGAUAAUCUGCAAAUUGC